AUGGCGUCCAAUUGUCCCUAUUGCGGCCAUGCCGCACAUUCUACAGCAAUGUAUAUGACUUGCGAGGAGAGCACAUUAUAUCGAAAGCCCGACCGAUGUUAUGCAAGCGUUGUCACUGACGGAGAAAUCCAGUGCGGUCUAUCAGAGUCUGACGCCUGGCUUCGAAGUCAAGAGGAUGAACUCGUGGCUCGCUUCUCUGCUUACAGUAUCACGCCACAAGUCGAGCAGGUCUCAGUAGAGAGCAAGCCGGCUGCGAAUCGCAUCGUGUAUGCCUCUGCUGCAGCUCAUAGCUUCAUCGUAUCGCCGUAUAACAUGAAUGGUCAUCCGAGUGUACCCAGUGAAAGCAACAAAGCUACUUGGGUAGCGCAAACGGCUUCAAGACAAUCUGAUGCAUUCGCCCCGACGCCGUCCGAAUCGUUCGAUAUGGAGAUGGACAGCGAACCGGAACUCUCUGAUACUGCGACAAGAGACAGCAAGCGCUCGAGUUUCAAUGUUGACAACCACUUCCAAUCACAACUCAUCGGCGGCUUGGACCCUGAGAUUUCAGAGGCCGAGCCGUACAUGUCGCUUGGAUACGCGCAUAGUCAAAGUAACAACACAAUGAACCAGCCUCAGAACCAGAGCCUAGCUCAAGGMGCGCMCCUGCCACAAGAACCUUCUACCGGGUCGACAUACAGCGCAUGUAAGGACCCUGUGUAUAACGCGCGGAGUUGGUGGGACUACGGCGGAGGGCAUGAAUAUCGCUGGGACUGUAUGAGGGAGCAUGCGAUGUAA